AUGAAGUCCAUCAUCAUUGCACUUGUCCUGUUUGUGGCCAUUGCCACCCAAACGUUGGCACUUCCCACUGACUGUGUCAAACAUAGUUCGAACGUGGAUCGUCAUACUGUUCGGCUGUACGAUUGCGAUGGGCUUAACUACGAGCUGGGUUCAAACUGUCUUUCGAAAUACUUCCAUCCAACGGAAGUGGUGGACUAUCCUCGCCGAAGCUGCAACUGUGGCAACUGUUACUCCUGCAGAAACUUCCGCCACCCGUACCAUCACCACGGAUAUCCGGCGUACUGGCUGCGUUCAUAUCACUGA